AUGACGCGGAUGAAGAUGCUUGCUAGGUCGUUCGUUUGGUGGCCAACUUUGGACGGCGACAUUGAAACGAGAGUUCGUCACUGUAAGGUAUGCCAAAGUGUUCUGCCAGCAAAACCGCCAGGACCCCUGCAGCCCUGGGCGUAUCCAAGUCGCGUAUGGCAACGGAUACACGUCGACUACGCAACGAAGGAGGGCUUGAACUUUCUUGUGUUGGUGGAUGCUUUUUCAAAGUGGAUUGAAGUGUUUGUAGUGUCAAGCACGACCACUGAAAAAACUGUGCGGUGCCUCAGCUCUGUUUUUGCAGCCUACGGUUACCCAGAAGAGUUGGUGAGCGACAACGGCCCACAAUUCACCGCCGAGGACUUUGGGGUCUACCUGCAGCGGCAUGGCAUAAAACAUACCCGGAUACCACCGUAUCACGCAGCCUCGAAUGGAGCCGCUGAGCGCCUGGUACAAACUACGAAGACUACCCUGUUGAAACAAGAGACAUGAGGACUAAGCAAGAACGCGAAACUGCACUACGAAACGGCCG